AUGGAUAAUCUAAAUUUUAAUAUUGAAAUAUUCAAAGAUUAUCGUUACAAUUUAACGCCUGAAGGCAAUUAUUCAUGUCCAAUACAUGGUUGCAACAGCUGCUUAGAACUCGCUAAUGAGCAACAGUUCCCCACUAAUAAUCAAAUUAAAAUGUUUUGGUCUCAUGUUCAAUCUGUUCACUCCGAUGAAUUUGAAAAUUUAUUGAAGCAAUUUUCCGAAAAAACAUAUAUUCCUAAAGAAAGUAAAUUAGAUCGUAUUUCCGACUCAAUAGACACGUCGAAUGGAAGUAUUACUAAAAUUUUAUUAAAAUUAAUGCCAAAUUCCAUCAAUGAUCAAAAACUUUUUCAGUGUAUUUCUGAAGAACAUCAUAAACUACAACAAGAAUUGAAAGAAAUUUUGAAUUCUUCAACAACACCCGUUCAACAACAACAAACAACUUUAGGCAGUCUUUAA